AUGCAAUUUGUCUUCACCCCAAGUAGUGACAUUCGAUCAGUUUGCAUUCUCAUAUGUGACUGGCUACUAGUAGUUGUUGAGUACUUGAAUAGAGACAAAUAUACUGAGCUUUAUACGCAAGUCUGUAAUUUAAUUGGCCAAGAAGAAGAUAUAGAUUUAACAUCAGUAUAUAAUCUAAUUUCAGAUAAUAUAGAUUAUGUAUUUGAGAUACUUGAUGAGUUUAAAGAGAAGAAGGAGAUUAUAAUAAAAGAAGACAAGAAGCGAAGUUUCAAUGAACUCUACAAGGAAUCUGAAGAGUUCUUUAUUUUUCUGUUAUCUUUACUGAUUAAUCCUAAAUUUGAUAUAAACCAACUAGAGGACUGUAAAUCUAAGUUUCUGGGUAAGAUUAUAAAUAAUAAUAAUAUUCCUAUGUUAAGUAUCAAUGUAUUACAAAUGUAUUAUGAUGUACUUGGACCUAAUUACGAAAUUUUGAAUUUAAUACUAGAAUAUUCUAUUAAAAAUAAAAAUACAGAAAAGGUCAUUACCUCACUAGAGAAUAUUGAUAAACACAUUUCAACAUGGAAUUUAGAUAAGGAUAAAUUAAGAUCUUUGUAUAGCCAACUUUAUGAGGUUAUUAGUAUUAAUGAAUACUCAAAAUUUUGUGAACAAUCUCCAAAUUCUAUUUAUUUAUCUUAUACAGCUUACAAAUAUUUAAGAACUUAUUGUGAAACAUUUUCAGAAAAGGAAGAAAUUGAAUCUAGAAUAAAGGAUGAAGAUUUUGUAUCUAAGACAAUAAAAUUUUUGAUAUCAAGUAUCCUAUUACCAGACAUCUUAUUCUUUGAUUCAGUACUAGAAUUACCAAGUGUUAUAUAUAUUAAAGAUAAUUUUAUUCAAUAUUCUGUUUUAAUUCAGCUAUGUGAGAUAUGUUUAAAUGGAAAAGUUGGACAUUUUUAUCUAUUAAAGAAUUCUAAUUUAGAAUAUAAGAAGUUAAUUUCAGAGUAUCCUGUUUUAGAAGAAUAUGAAUCAAAUAUAAUAGAUAAACUUCAAUUAUUAACAAUAUCAUCACUAGCCCAACUUAACUCUUGCAUCAGUCUGGAAGAACUCCAAAGUGAAUUUAAUUUAUCUUCGUUUGAUACACAAGAUGUAGUUGUCAAAGCUAUUAGUGUAGGUCUUAUUGAUGGUAGUAUUGAUGAAAAUGAUGGAGGUGUCAAUAUUAACUCAAUUACUAAGAGACAAUUUGGCAAAGCUGAGUGGCAGAAUCUUGAGAAAAAACUGAACAAAUGGAUAGAUUAUCUUAAUGAAUUAACAAAUAUAUUGUCUAGUUCUAAUCAAAAUGAAUAG